AACCGUAUUUAAAAUCUAAAGUAUUUGAAAAUCCAAAAUCAUUAAUGUGGUGCAGUAAGCAAACAGACGGUGCCAUUGCUGAUGAGGCGAUUUCAGAUCGUAAGGUGGCUGAAGAUGGAAAGCAGGCACAUCCCACAGCCAUUGCCAUUGUCCAGCCUCGCCAGACGCGGUACACAAGGUGCCGUGACACCACCAACACCAGGCAGUCACGCGAGUGGUCCGUGGUGCCACAGGACGUGGACGUGAACAAUGAUAUUAUGCGUCUGGUUAGCAGUCUCUCCAACGUUAUACAGAUCCUGGUCCGCAUGAGCAAUACGGCUGCUCACGAACUGCUGCGGCAUCCCGAACGUGGCGAGGACUACGAAGGACUGCGUUUGCUGCUGAAUUACGCUGAUCUGAUGUACACCACGCUGCUACAGCCGCAGCGCAAUUCGGAGCAGCGGUCGUCGGAGCGAACAUCAGAACCCAGCAGAAAUGAUAGCAUCCCAUCCAGUAGCCUAUUCCAUAACUUAUUUCGACCCAUUCUGUUACCCCCGGAGAGGCGGGAGCAGGCUUUUGAUCGAACAUUAACACGAACAUUUCCCUAUAGAGUUGUAACGGGAAUUGCGAGUGUUGCUGAACCACCAGUUGCUGAGUCAGCUGAACCGGCUAUCGAGUCUACAGAUAACGCAAAUUACAGUUGACAUCGCAACAGAACUUCAUGGUGUACUUUAAAUUGUUUGUGAAUAUAGCAAAAAAAAAGUGCAUUCAACUAAUAAA